UAUCAUUUAAAUCAUAUCUAAAACAUCGCUAUAGUCUAGCAGUUAUGCUACUCUGUAUUAUUUCCCUAAAACAUAGAAAAUAUCAAGAAUAUGAAGUUAAAGAUUGACGUCUAUAAAUGAUUUUUUACUAUUACCUAUAGAGGGUGAACGAAAGGUUCAUCCAUAAGUUAUUUGUUGUAUCAUCGUUAUGGAGCCCAACGAUCGUGUCAAUUUCCAUAUAUAACUAAUAUUGAACUUAUGAAAGGCAUGAUGUUCAAGUUUGACCCGAGAAGUGAUUAUGCCCAGGACAACAAUGAGGCCCCUCCCCAGAUGAUGGUCUUACCUGGCAGGUAUGCUCCCUUCUGUCAAAUGUUUGGCAGCAUGCACAAAGUAAGCGUCCGCAUCACGAUGAGUGACCAGAUGAUGCAUGGAAGGAUGGAGGAUAUAGAGGACAAGAUGGGCAGACAGUUUGUACCUGAGGAGACAGACUUCAGAGACAACAACCAAGUCAAUGUGACAUGCAGUGCAAAAGUCGAUGGUCUACCAGACUCCAAAAUGCAACGAACCUAUCAAAUUUUAGUCAGAAAAAGAAGUAACCAAUUCCACGAUAGAAACGACGCUGGAGAUUCUGCAGGUGACGGCGGAAUGUUUUAAGACACCGUUCAAUGUUAUACACAAUGGUUCUCUGUCCCGGAUAAAUAGAGUACCACCUAAGCAUUCCAGAGGGUGAGAUAAGACCAGAGUUUUUUUCGAUUUCCAAUAUGUUAUAAAAAUGCGGCGGUGUUUGAGAAACCUCUUUUUGGCAUUAGUUGGUCUUUCUAGUUAUUCUUAUUAUUUUUUAAUUCGAUAUUUCUCAUUGUUAUUUUGUUGUAAUGUUGUUGUUUAU